UUAAGUGACCAUUUUUUGUCUGUACUAUGUAAUGUUCGAUGCAUGGUUUUGCAUAGGAGAAUUUAGACAAUAUUUUAUGCAUAUUAGAAAAUUCAUGGUUCAUCCUGGCUCUAACCUGUUAACGGAGAAAUAAAAGUGACUCAAUUCUUGGCAAUAUAUUCAGCUGAUUAGAUUAUUUUAAUCGCCUUGGACGGCAAACAAAGUGGCCAAAUGUCUCAUUGUAUAUGAUGAUUUAGUUCUGUUUUUUUUCACCUCAACAAAAUUGAAAGAACGAGUCAGCUUGCGAUUUUGCUCUUACAAUGUGGUUGUAUUAUCUUUCCUUCUUGUUUUAGAAAUGGUUCAUAUCCAACCUCUAGCAAUUUUAUUUAUCAACAGUCAAAUGUCUUGUUCAAGCUUUCUUGAUUUUUGAGCUAUGCUUUAAGAAUGAAGGACCGGAGAUGAAAUGGCAGUUGAAGAUAUCCUUUCUUAGAUUGAGGAUCUUUGAGAAAUGGAACAAGCAUUUAAAUUGUUUCUGCUACUGCUUCUAUACCAAUCUCUGCUUGUAUCAGCACAGAGCUCCUACCAGGACUUUAUUUCCCUGCAAUCUCUCACAGCAUCUUGGCAGAACAAACCACCAAGCUGGGUGGGCUCGGAUCCUUGUGGCAGUGGUUGGGAAGGAAUUCAAUGCACCAAUUCAAGAGUGACCUCAAUAAUAUUAGCAAGCAUGAAUUUGGAGGCAAGCUGUCUUCAGAUAUCCAGUUUUUAUCUGAGUUAGAGACUUUGGAUCUCUCUAACAACAAGGGCCUGACAGGAACAAUUCCGAAAGAGAUUGGAAAUAUGAAAAAAUUAAAAGCCCUUAUAUUGGUUGGAUGUAAUUUCUUUGGCAGUAUUCCAGAUUCAAUCGGAUCUUUGCAGCAGCUGAAUUUUCUAGCUCUGAACUCUAAUCAGUUCAGUGGAAACAUUCCACCUACCAUAGGCAAUCUAUCCAAUAUUAAUUGGCUAGACCUUUCUGAUAACCAGCUUGAAGGACCUAUCCCUGUCUCUGAAAAAGGAGUGCUUGGACUUGACAAGCUGCUUAAGGCACAGCACUUUCACAUGGGAAACAAUAGGCUCUCGGGUGGAAUUCCAGCUGAACUUUUUAGUCCAAAUAUGAGUCUCGUCCAUGUGCUUUUCGACAGCAAUCAACUAAGUGGCAGUAUUCCUGGUACCCUUGGGCUGGUGAACUCUUUGGAGGCGGUCCGUUUUGAUAGGAACCAAUUAAGUGGGAGAGUGCCUUCAAACAUCAGCAAUCUCAAAAAUCUUGGUGAUCUGUAUUUAUCAAAUAAUAGGUUGAAUGGUUCUCUGCCAGAUCUUACUGGAAUGAAUCUUCUAGCCUAUGUGGAUCUGAGUAACAAUAGUUUCAGUUCUUCUGUUAUUCCUUCAUGGGCUUCAAGUCUGCCGUCUUUGACAACAUUAAAAUUGGAGAACAUCAGCCUUCAAGGGGAGAUUCCUGUCUCCUUAUUCAACCAAUCCAGUCUAGAGUCUGUGGUAUUGAGGGGCAACCAUCUCAAUGGCACCUUAGAUAUUGGCAAUGCCAACAGCAACCGCUUGAAACUCAUUGAUUUGGAGCAUAAUUCAAUUACUGACUUCACGCAGAAAAACAUGAACUAUAAAGUUUCAGUAGUACUAGUUAGCAACCGGAUUUGCCUUGAAAACGGAGCUUCUGCUAAAAUCUACUGCCAAGAACCCCAAUCCAAUUCCGUAUAUUCAACACCACCAGAUAAUUGCGCACCUCUUCCUUGCAGUUCUGGUCAGAUUUCUAGUCCUAGCUGCAAAUGUUCAUAUCCCUACACUGGAACUCUAUACGCCAGAGCUCUUAGUUUCUCAGACUUCGUAUUCCCGUCUUCAAGUGAUCGUUUCAAUAGAACUGGAGUUUCAAGUAUUGCUUUCGUGAUUAGUAGCCAGCUUCUUAAGUUGCCAAAAUUUUUCCUUCCUUACUUCUUUAUUGGUGACGACUACGGGUACUUUGCAGGAGAUAAGUCAAAGUCAUCACAUACAAGGGUUAUAGUUGGUGCAGUUGUCGCAGUUGUGGUCUUUUUGGUACUAGCACUCAUUGCGGGGAUAUAUGCUAUACGCCAAAAGAAAAGAGCAAAAGGAGCUGCCGAACUAAACCCUUUUGUAAACUGGGAACUGAACAAGAACACUGGCAAGGCUCCUCAGUUAAAAGGAGCACGAUGGUUUUCUUUAGAAGAGCUAAAGAAAUACUCCAACAACUUCUCAGAAGACAACACCGUUGGAUCUGGAGGCUAUGGAAAGGUUUACCGAGCUGUUCUGCCCACUGGAGAAUUUGUUGCCAUCAAACGGGCCGCAAAAGAAUCCAUGCAGGGUGCUGUAGAGUUUAAAACUGAGAUUGAACUUCUAUCAAGGGUCCAUCAUAAGAAUCUUGUUGGUCUUGUCGGUUUCUGUUUUGACAAAGGUGAACAAAUGCUGGUGUAUGAGUAUAUUCCAAAUGGCACUUUAAUGGAUAGUCUCUCAGGAAAGUCUGGGAUCAGAAUGGAUUGGAUGAGGAGGCUUAAAGUAGCCCUGGGUGCAGCCAGGGGUCUGGCCUAUCUUCAUGAACUUGCCAACCCACCCAUCAUACACAGGGACAUAAAAUCAAGCAAUAUUCUACUUGAUGAGCACCUUAAUGCGAAAGUUGCAGAUUUUGGACUCUCCAAGCUUCUUGUUGACAGUGAAAGGGGCCAUGUCACUACUCAAGUCAAAGGGACAAUGGGUUACUUGGAUCCUGAGUAUUACAUGACCCAACAGUUAACUGAAAAAAGUGAUGUAUAUAGCUUUGGAGUGCUGAUGCUGGAAUUGGUGACGGCAAGAAGGCCAAUAGAGAAAGGGAAGUACAUUGUGAGAGAGGUGCAGAAGGUGAUGGACACGUCAAAAGAACUAUUCAACCUACAUUCCAUCAUAGAUCCAUCCAUCAGCAAAGCUACAACUCCACAUGGUUUGGAGAGGUUUGUGGAAGUGGCAAUGAGGUGUGUCAAAGAAUAUGCAGCAGAGAGGCCAUCAAUGGCUGAGGUGGUAAAAGAAGUCGAGAAUAUAAUGGAGCUUGCUGGUCUGAACCCCACUUCUGAAUCAGAUCCAACUACAGAAGAAAUUGAUGUGGACGCAAGUGGGGGCAAUUUACGCCAUCCUUAUAGCCAUGAAGGUUUUAGCUAUAGUGGAAUCUUUCCUUCAACAAAGGUAGAGCCUCAGUGAUACUUCGCUUUGUUUUCUUUUGCCAUUCUUUUUAAUUAUGGUGCUAUCCUUGCGUACUGCUGUGUGAAUAUAAGGGCUACUCAGACUCUCCUUGCCGCAAAUGGUUUUCCCGUUUGUUGUGUUAUGAAUGGCACAUAUUUUGUGAGUCAAGGUUUUUCUUUUUUGGAUAAUGUGGAUCAAGUUAUUUUCAGUU